AAAACCUCAAGAUGAUGGGCUUACGUUUCUAUACAACCACGGCCAGCCAUUUGUUUAGGCGGGCGGCAUUUGGCAAUGCCAGUGUCAUGCGAUCAAGUUCGAAUGUGGCUGCCGUUGAGGCUGCCAGUGGUGCAACAAAACAAAUGACCACCACUAGUGCUGCUGGUGCCGGCAAAGAAUCGGGCGAAACCACAAAAGCCACAGAUGAUGUUGCUGCUGCCUUUGAAAAUUUACAAAAAGAUGAAUCCCAGUCAUCACCGAAAACCUCCACCUCCACUUCGCCAAAGGGAGCAAGCGUAGAUGAACGCAUUACCAAUGCCAAGACGAUUAAUGGCCUAUUGGGUAUUACCGAAGGUGGUACUGUAUUGACACGCAAACAUGCCCUUCGUAUUGUAUCCAUACUCUCCGAAUGGAGUAGCAUCAAUCGUGUUAAAUUAAAUGAAUUUGAAAAUGAUCCUCGAUUCCUAAAGGUAUGCCGUAUGCUCGGACGUACGGUCCCAAAGAAUGGUAACGGCGAUAAAGCAUCGGGAGAUAAUGCGCAAAAACGUAUUUCGGGUUUUCGUACGGAUGAUCUGAAUACAGUUUUGGGUGUUGCCGGUGAUGAUGAAGCUGCUAAACUGAUAGCUAGCAUUAGUUUACCACAAAUGGUGAAGGUAAUGAGCACACUGGCCGCACGUAAAAGACGUAGUACUCCCCUGCUACGUUCGUUGGCUUUCAACAUUAGCAGUUCAACGGAACAUUUGGAUUUGAAACAGUGUGGUGAUGUUUUCUAUGCCAUGGCUACUUUAAAUUUCCAAGAUUCAGUGUUGGCGGCAAAACUGUGUGCGGACAUCCAGGUGGCUUUGCCAAAAAAUACCGACAAAUCGGCUGUGAUUGGUUCCAUUUUGACUAGUUUGGGUAUUUUGAAAUACCGGGAUUUGGAUAUUUUGGAAUCUCUAACCCAAUGGACAAUUAAACAUAGCGACAUUUGCCGGCCACAAGAUUUAAGUGCUCUCUUCUUAACCUCAGCCAUGUUGAAUUUUAAAUCGACCAAUUUGGAAGAGGUGCAACAGAAACUGGCCAAAACAAUUGUCCAACAAGAUUUUAGCAAAAGUUCCGAUUGGCUGAAUCAUGUUUGGGCUAUGACAAUUUUGGGUUUGAGUACAAAUCAACAGUUGGAAAGUGUAUUGAGUAAAUCAUUUGCCGAGAAAAUACAAUCGGAAAAGACUGGUCUGAAUGCUACAUCUAAAAUGAAGUUGUUAAAUUUGAAUAGUUAUGCUCAGAUGAUGGCCACCGAUUAUAAGGGUGAAUUAAUACCAGCCGAUAGUGUAAUCUAUAAUGUUCCAAUGGCUCAUGCCAAGGGGAAACAGGUGUUGGUCAAUGGCCUAUUGGAUGCCCUAAAGAGUCUAUUGCCAUCGCAGAAUCAUGUUAGCAGUUUGGUUGAUAGUAAAAUGGGUUUUCUAAUUGAUGCCAUGUGUGUAUUCGACAACAAACGUAAUCCUUUGCCACUGGACAAAACACAUAAGGAUGCCAUUAAAGUUGCGUUAAUGGUUGUCGAUUAUCAUGACAUUUGUCAUGGCACGCAUAAAUCUGCCACCGGCAUAACGACCCUAAGUUUUGAUCUAUUGGAAAAGAGUGGCUAUAAAGUAAUACCCAUACCCUAUAAUGAAUUCAAUACCAGCGAUAAAUUGUUAAAACGCGUCCAAUAUUUGGAAAGUAAAUUUAAAGCCCUAAUUAAAUAG